AUGUAUAAUCUACCUUUAAGCGAUUAUGGGCCCGACGAAGUCUUGGCCAACGAUGAAACUCCUAGCUUAUUAAAUGAUUUCAAUAUCAAGCUGCUAUUAAAAUUCUGUACAGUCAUAUCAGCUAUCUCAGUCGCUCUGAAUACCCCUGCCACAUUUCAAAGCGCUGAAGUCAUUCGCUAUAUUUGUCUUGCGUUGGACAUCUUUUCUGGUCUGGUAUUCCUAGCUGAAAUGAUCAUUAAAGUACGGAGGGAUGGUUUCUUCAAGGGUGAUUCGGCCUAUUUUAAGAAGUUUUGGUGCAUUUUCGAUUUUAUCAUGUUACUAUGUAUCUGGCUGACGGUGAUUAUAUUGUCGUGCAUAACAAUUCUAAAUUUGCUUUUCAGGCAUUCAGGACAGCAAAUAGUGACUGUAUCAGUCUUUUAUUUAUUUUUUAUUUCCUUAUACUCCUUCGUUGGUGUCCAAUUAUUUGGAGAUUUACAGCAGCAUUGCGUGGAUAAGACAGCAGUUGAAUUACGAUACUUAGCAAUUCCAGAUACUUUGUGUAGCAAUUUUUCUGACAGUGGCUAUCAAUGUCCCAAUGACAUGGUAUGUAUUGAUUUGCAAUACUUUGAUAUUCAAAGGACAGAAUUAGGAUUUGUUGGAUUUGAUAACUUUUUGCUAGGUUUGCUAAGUGUAUAUCAGAGUUCCAGUUUAGAAGGUUGGGUAUAUACUAUGUAUAAGACGAUGGAUUCCUAUGUGAGUUGGUAUGCAUACAUUUACUUCCUAACAAUGGUAUUUUUUGUAGCGUGGCUUAUCAAGAAUGUAUUCAUCGCUGUUAUCACUGAAGCCUUCGCAGAGAUGAGAAGUCAGCUACAAGAGAUGUGGGGCAAUAUCGCCUUACCAGCUAAUUUUUCUACUAAGACCUUACAAGAAACGAGUGGGAAAUGGCACCUAGUUACAUCAGAGAUUAGUUACUAUAGAAAAAACGGAGAGGGGAUAACAAAAGUUCUGCAUUUGAGAGCAUUUCACGCAACUAUCAUUGUAUGCAUUAUAUUCGACGCGGCUAUCUUAGCAAGUAAAUUUGCUCACAUGCCCGAGGAUUAUGCAAACUUUAUUUGGUAUUCGCAGAUCGCAUUUACGUUGCUUUUCAAUAUUGAAGCAAUAUUCAAGAUGUACUGUUAUGGAAUUCGCUCUUAUUUAUUUCGUUUUGCACAUAUUUAUGAGCUAAUCUUGGCUGUUGGUAGUAGUGUGUACAUUUUGAUUGCUAUCGCUAUUGGCCAAGACAGCAAUUUAGCGACAAAAUUGACUGUAUUUGCGGUAUUACGAAUCCUCCGCAUAGUCAGAAUCCUUCCAAUGCUGCAAGAUUUCAUGUUUAGAAUUCUAGGAAAUGGCAAGAAGAUUGGCCUUUUAUUGGCUUUUACCAUUUGCUUUUUGCUAAUUGUUAGCUUAUUAAGUCUACAACUUUUCUCAAGAGUAGAAAAAUUAAAGCUGUUUGAGACGUAUCCAGCGGCCGUAGGAUCCACAUUUCAAGUUUUACUGCAAGAAGGUUGGCCUGAUGUCAUGAAUGAUGCUCUUCUCGCAAAUACAAUCGAUCUUUCACCUUUAGUGGCUAUUUAUUUUACAAUGCUACAUUUGUUUGCUUCCUCGAUCCUUUUUUCUAUUUUUAUUGCCGUUAUCUUGGAUAGUUUAGAUUUAGAUGAAGAAGUUAAGAAAUAUCGUCAGGGGAAAAUGCACGAAGAGAGCGUUGUAACGGAAGAAAAGUUACCCUAUAGAAUUCGUGUCUACGAAAAAUUUCGUGAGAAACCACGAAUGGCUACUAUUAAGAAAUCGACAAUAACUAGUAAUUUUGAAAUUCCUAAAAUGCGAGAAAGUUUCCUAAAGCAAUAUGUAAAUGAAUGUACCGACGAUAAUUCGGUCAACGAUACAAUGCCUGCAGAAGAAGAGGAUAAUACUGCUAUUUUACAUAGAAGGGCAACAGCACGAAAAGUACAAUUAAGACGUACAAUAACGGAAGACGUUACAGCCUGUAAUCCUGCCGACGAACAAUUUCAACGGUCUCCAAAUAUGUUGUCUCCCAUACCACGAUGUAACACAAUUGAUAGUCAGACUAGUCUUUAUAAGCCGAAAGACAUACCCUUUAAAGUUACUACUUAUACGUAUAGGGCUUCACUUAUUUCGAAAGGAAAUGUUAUCAAUAAGGCGGAUUUAGAUACUUUAAAACACAUUGCAAGAAGAAAUAAGGAAAAAUCCGAUAAUUUAGAAAACGAAGCUCCAUCAGAUUGGGUAGAUGUUAACGCAAUAAUAGAAAAAAAACAGCAGGCGAAAAUAAAGCGUCGAGCGAUGGAAGAGAAUUUACGAGAGAAUCAUCCAUUCUUCGAUACGUCAUUAUUUCUACUCUCACCCAAUUCCCACCUAAGAAAACUAUGCCAGCGAAUUGCUCAUGCUAAAUAUAAUCCACAUCUAACAUCAAAACACAACUCUUGGAAUUUGCUCAGUAAGAAAUUACUUAAUAUUUUGGCAUCAUUUACGUAUCUAAAUUGGUUUAUUAUCAUUGUUAACAUUUCCUCCUGCUUAAUUAUGGCAUGGGAGACUCCUCAUGGGCCUGAUGUGGGCCUUAAUUUUACACAGAUUGCUGAUAUUAUAUUUAUCGCCGUUACCAGUUUGGAACUUAUCAUUAAGAUUAUUGCCGAUGGUCUUAUCUUCACCCCAGCUGCGCUAAUGAGAAAUUUCAGUGGUUUCUUAGAUAUUUUUGUUUACUUUGUAAGCGUCUUAUCAUAUUUGUAUCAUGCUUUUAAUUUAUCGGUUAAUUCAGGAGCAGAGUUUCUAGCUGUCUUGAGAUGUUUAAGACCACUGCGUGUGAUCACCUUGGUUCCUAAGAUGAGUCAAGUUGUUAGUGAGUUGGUGAGAGGAUUCAAGGAAAUUCUUCUGGUUUCCUUAAUGCUAUUAAUGCUACUGUUUACUUUUGCGAACUAUGGUGUACAGAUGUUUGCUGGAAAAUUAGCAAGAUGUAAUAAAGGCUUUGGAAUACCACAGGAAAAUUGUAGUGGAACAUUUUCAAUUCCUUUACAAGUUACUACUCAAGUUGUUGGUUUACGGGAAAGUAAAAGUACCACUCUCUUUGUUCCUGAAGUGUGGAAGGUGAGCCCAGCGGGCUAUAGCUUUGAUAAUAUCGGCAAAGCUAUGCUGACUCUUUUUGAAGUUAUUACACUAGAAGGUUGGACAAGUAUGCGAAGUAUCCUGCAAAGUAUGAAACAGGAUUUUGGAAUUAUCUAUAUCCACGUCUUUGUAUUCGUUGGAUUUAUGAUAGGAUUAACCUUAUUUGUUGGAGUAGUCAUGACAAAUUUUAAUGAGAAUAAGGGAACUGCUUUGCUAACUGUUGACCAAAGACGAUGGCUAGAUUUGAAAGGCCGCCUUAAAAUCGCUCAGCCUCUUCACAUUCCUCCAAGGCCUGACUCAACCAAUCGUGGCCAAAUUUAUGACAUUAUAGAAUCUAAAUACUAUCGAAUAUUUAGCAUAAUCAUUAUUACGUCAAACUGUCUCAUGCUAUAUGUUAAGUGGUCGAAAGAUAAUGAAUAUUUACCUGAUCCUAGUAAUUUUAUUCUCGCUGCUAAUCUAUUUAUUGGUUGGUAUUGGAUUGAGUUUUUUCUUAGAGUAAUUGCAUACUCCUUCGCUGGAUACUUUGAGAGUUACAGAAAUCGAUACGAUUUUGCAUUGAUAUUGAUAGGAACUGCAUGGCUUGUACUAUCCGUUAUAUUUACGGCUGAAAAUGAGGUUAUAUAUGUAAAUUUACGGUAG